ACUCGCAGUUCGCGGCCAGUUGUAAGAGUGUGCGGACGUCUGUCCAAGGCAAUCGCAAUCGCCGGAAAACUUCAUCCAAAGACCGGAAAAAAUAAAUUUGCGCUAGUGCAGCGGAAGUUAAACUUGGGCUAUUUGGCCACACAAGUGAAAGUGGCAAAAUAAAAAAUAAGUGGAAAACAAUAUUUUAAAACUUUCGUCCUUUGGUUGCGGUUGAACUUUGAAUAUGAGAAGGCGAUUUCCUGGCAUUUGGCUGCUCCUCAUGCAGUGUCUGUACUUAAGCAGGGCCAGCUUCUCGGAGUUAAAUAAUUCGGAUCCCAAGUUCAGCGGACCCAUCAACAAUUCAACAGUUCCCGUGGGACGGGAUGCCCUGCUCACGUGUGUUGUCCACGACCUAGUUAGCUUCAAAGUGGCCUGGUUACGAGUGGACACGCAGACUAUUCUGAGCAUCCAGAACCACGUCAUCACCAAGAACCAUCGUAUCGCCAUCUCCCACACGGAGCAUCGCAUUUGGCAGUUGAAAAUACGCGAUGUCCAGGAGUCGGAUCGCGGCUGGUACAUGUGCCAAAUUAACACAGAUCCCAUGAAAAGUCAAAUGGGCUACUUGGACGUCGUGGUGCCACCAGACAUCGUGGACUACCAAACCAGUCAGGAUGUGGUUCGUUCCUCGGGACAGAACGUAACCCUCACUUGCAGUGCAACUGGAGUUCCCUUGCCUACCAUCACCUGGCGUCGCGAGGAUUCGAUUCCCCUCCUGCUCUCAGACGAUGGCGACCUGGAGGUGUACAGCGUGGAAGGUCAGAAUCUCACCCUGUGGCAGGUUCAGCGGUCCCAAAUGGGCGCCUACCUCUGCAUCGCCUCCAACGGUGUGCCGCCCACAGUGAGCAAACGCGUCAUGCUGGUGGUGAACUUUGCUCCCACUAUAUGGACACGAUACGAUACCAUUUACGUGGGCCUGGGCCAGAAGCUGACGCUAGAGUGCAUAACAGAGGCGCAGCCGGCAUCGGUAAACUUCUGGCUUAGGGACUCCCAACUGCUGCCAGGAGGUUCAUAUGAGUCAGUCACAGUGGAUCAUGUCCACCGGAUCGUGAUGCGGAUCACCCUGCGUCCAAUAACGAAGCGAGACUUUGGAGAGUAUAAAUGCAGGGCAAAGAAUGCGAUGGGUCAAACAGAUCGGAUUAUAACAGUGCAUCAUAAAGCUAAGAAGCAUGGACAGCACUCGCAUCAAACUUCCUCCCGCGAAAGUCAGUUCAUUGUCAUCGAAGAAUACAUAGCAAGCGUGUCUGAUAAGAGCUGCAGUUCCCGCCCCGUUUGGAUUAUAUUUCUGUUUCUUGUCAAUAAAGUUUCAGUUUUGUGAGCAAUCAAACUAUGGGUGCUUUGUCUUUUAGCCACGUCAGAAGCGUGACUGCCUCUUUAUAUUGCCUAAUUCACAAUGUUAUAUUAAUUAUAAUUUGGUUACAAUUGUUCGAUUGAAGGGUAAAAGUAAUGCAGGUGCGAACAUAUUAUUAAAAAAUCAAUUAUUUUGAUUACAUUUUGAUCUAUAAGUUCGGCUGUUUGAAUAAAAUUGCUAUAGGACAACAUUUACAUUUAUUCGCCUCGUCUGUGGUCAUUAUACUUUUAAAAUAAACUACAAUUUGUUUUAGUUAUGUACAAUUGUGUUUCUUAGUCAGAUCAAUUUGAUAUUUAGAUAAAACUCGAUCCGCAACUUUACGCUUAACUUAAAGGAAA